AUGGAGCCAAUUAAUAUUGAUUUGGAUUUAAUUAACCCAGAAAGAGUAAAACCCUUUGUGGAAUCAGUUUCUAAAAAACAGGUGCCGGCAGUAUUAAUGAAAACUGUGCAAGAUUUAGACAAGGACAGAUUAAUGGGCAAAAGGCUAGCCAUGAAUAUUGUGAAGAAGCAGAUGGACCUGAUCAACCCUUCUGAGCCAGGGCGCCGAGGAACGUGGAGGGUCGCAAGCACUGUGGCGUCCCCGGCCCAGCGGGCGCCUCAGCCCGGAGGCGGGAAGCGGAAAGGCAAAGCGCAGUACGUGCAGGCCAAGCGAGCCCGGCGCGGCGAUGCGGGCGGGCGGCAGCUGGAGCCCGGGCUGCAGGGUGUCCUCAUCACCUGUAACGUGAACGAGCGCAAGUGCGUGGAGGAGGCCUACAGCUUGCUCAACGAGUACGGCGACGACCUGUACGGGCCCGAGAAGUUUCCAGACAAGGAUCGGCAGCCCUCUGGAAGUGAGGGAGAAGAUGAUGACGUAGAGGCUGCCUUGAAGAAAGAAGUUGGUGACAUUAAGGCUUGUACAGAGAUGAGACUAAGAAGAUUCCAGUCAGUGGAGAGUGGAACAAAUAAUGUAGUCUUUAUCAGGACACUUGGGAUAGAACCUGAGAAAUUGGUACAUCAUAUUCUCCAGGAUAUGUACAAGACCAAGAAAAAGAAGACCCGAGUUAUUCUACGAAUGUUACCCAUCUCAGGCACGUACAAAGCUUUCUUAGAAGACAUGAAAAAAUAUGCAGAAACAUUUUUGGAACCCUGGUUUAAAGCUCCAAAUAAGGGGACAGUUCAGAUUGUAUACAAAUCGCGAAAUAAUAGUCACAUGAAUAGGGAAGAAGUUAUCAAAGAGUUGGCAGGGAUAGUAAGCAGCCUCAAUACAGAAAAUAAAGUGGAUCUCACUAAUCCGCAGUACACAGUGGUUGUAGAAAUCAUUAAAGCUGUCUGUUGCCUGAGUGUUGUGAAAGAUUACAUGCUGUUUAGAAAAUACAAACUUCAGGAGGUAGUAAAGAGUGCUAAAGACCCAUCACAGCUUCACCCAAAGCUGGGCAAUGGGAAAGAAGCAAAAUUGGAACCUGACAAAAAAUUGAAUCAAAAUGAUCCAGCAGACGGAAAAAAUGACCAGCAGGUGGCACCAGAGAACAGUGAGGCGGUAGGGCCGACAGAACCCAGAUCUGAGUCACUCUUGGAGAAUGAGGGAGGAGAUAAACCAGAAAUUGUGAAUCCAGUCUCAGAAGGAGCCAACUCAAAUGAAAAUGACCUCUCAUAGGAGGUCACAGUGCUGGAGGUGGGUUUCUCAGCCAGGGUUCUGUGAGAUGCUUCUGGGGUUUCAUGUAAAAUUGUAACAAUAUAUUUUGACUUCUGCGUGCUGCUCAGUGCUGCUCUCACAGUACUAAACAGUGAACUCUCAGCCCUGCUAACACUUCUGUUAGCGUCCUCUCAGCUCUGUCAGCAGUUUUUUUCAGGUCUGUGUGCUAUUACACAGGGGGAAGGUGAUAAUUAUUAUACAGGAGAAGGAUACUGGCCUUUUCCUCUUGAUUAUCUUCCCCAGUUCCCUUUAGGAACUGCCAAAUGAUGGAUGGGGAUGAACAGUAGCUAAAAAGUAGGAAAUCCCAGGGAAGUGUCCUUCAUUCUGAGAAGCUUAGAUACCACCACUCAGCUGUGCCCUGCCACUCCAUUUUAAACACUGCAAAAUGGGAUUGUGUAAGUUAAAAGAAAAGUGAGUUGUUUUUGAUGGUUUUGAGUUUUCAUUGUUAUAUUUUAGUAUUAACAUUUGUAUAAGCAAAUCUGAUGAUUUAUUGCUGCAAAUAACUGAAGCCAGGUGUGAGGUUAAAGAGGACCAUUUUGAGACAGGCUUAUGGACAUUUCUGAUAAGAUUAUUGAGAAAGAAUCAGCCUUCUGAAUUACUUCCAUAUAUGAGUACAAAAGGAAUACCAAGCAACUUUGUUUUGACAUUAAAGCUACUUCACAGGGUUUCACUUGUCCAAGCAUUUCUGUUACAUUGUGCACUGACUGUGGCUUGUAGCUAUAUAUCUAGUAAUUACUCCAGCAUAUAAACCAGUUAUUUGCCAAGAAUGUUUCUUUCUUUAAGUAGCUUUUGGACUAGCAAAAUAAAGUUUUUCUUAAAAAAAGACAUUGACUAAGAAAGUUUAGGCAGCAAAUUACUUUCAAACAGAUCUCCUCCUAGGAAAGAAUUGGUGAGAACUACACAUUAAAAUAAUGGGACAAGCACAAGACUUGAAACAACUUUAUUGUCAGUUUAAUAAGCUGAUGUACACAUGAUACUAAAGAAGUUUUGUGUAAUUAUGUUAAAAACAGCAGCAGUUAAAAUCCACCUGGGUUGAUGAGUCAAUAGAGUUAACAAAUAAUGUAUAAAUGACCCAAUUAAAACAACUUUUUUUUGCUCAA